GGGUGUAUAUGUCUUUUAAUUUCCCAAUAAAUUGCAAUAUAACACAAUGCUACAAAACAACCGCAUGAGAAUGAAGCGCAGACCGUGUGAGGGCAGUUAAGGUGUCAGCUGCCGUCGAACUGCCCUUCUGUAAACCGUGCUGUGGAAGAGCGCAGAGGUAGCCGUGCUAGAGGGGCGACAGGAGCAUUGGGUUACACAGGGGCAGUGCGGGUGGGGGGUGUUCCUCUCUGCGGUAGGUCGUGAAAACCAAAACAGAAAACUGAGGAAAAUAAUUUCCGUCUGAGACUGGAGCGCAGACGGGGAUUCAGCGGUUUGUUUAAGAGACCGGUGCUUCGACUGUCCUGUUGUGCGGUACAGGAUCUGAACGGGCAAACACAUUCUUAGCACACAUGAAAACGCUUUGAAUACAAUGUACAAUACUCGGGCUAGCAAUUUCUUUGCAAAAACUUGAGCUUUCGCUAUAACCGCAAACUGCUGGAAAAGGAAUAAAGGGAGGAUUAUAAACUUAAACGCACACUGCUGGAAAGUGCCUCCCCGUUCCGUUCAGAGGGAAAGCAGCAGAAGAGAAUGGACAUCGAGGGGAAAGCGGGGAUGUUGACAACAGCAGUCCGAGUUUAAUGACAACAUAACCGAAAACGCGUCCAGUACCUGACCGGUGGGACUCUCCUGGGCUCAGAGCGGAUUUCAAUGAGUGUUGAAGGGGCGCGCUUAAACUGUUACGCAGAUACACUGUAAGCGUGUCGAGAGAUAUUCGGGACGCGGUUGUACUCGCUCUGAAUGCGCAGUUAUGAUUGUGAUUAAGCUUCUGUGCGUUUUGGUGCUGUUGCUGGAAGCUGACGGCAGAGUUUACCCCGGCGGACGGAAGAGAGGACGUCAGCACUACAACCCACCAACGCCGAGGCACCGCUUGGGUCCCCAUGUGUGCUCGGCUGGGUUCAGCAGUGGUUGCUGCCCUGGUUGGGUUCCUUCCUCAGCAAGUGGACUCUGCCUCACACCGGUCUGUUCCUUCGGCUGUGGGGAUGGCUUCUGCAUCGCACCCAACGUGUGCUCCUGUCGGGGAGGGAAGCAGGGAGUCACCUGUCCAGAUGAGGGACGGCUUUCUCAUUUACUGACUGAAGUCGUCUUCAAUCACGCAGAUAGGGAAGGAAGUCCCGCCUCCUGCCUGACAGCACGUUGUGAGCACAGCUGCACUCUGAUUGGAGGAUUCCCAGUCUGCAGCUGCUCUCUGGGAUACAGCCUGGCCAGGGAUGGACGUAGCUGCCACGACACAGACGAGUGCUCAAGGUUCGGGGGGGUAGCGCUGUGCCAGCAGCUUUGUAAGAAUACGCUCGGAACCUUCCGCUGUCAUUGUUACCAUGGCUACCAGCUGUCCGCUAACGGGCGUUCCUGUGUGUCUGUGCCACUUUCCGCUGGGCCGCCUGGCUGCGGGGAGUAUGGCUGUGACUUGUCCUGCAAUAACGGCGGGUGUGAGCCGGUCUCCAGAGUGUGUCCAGUGGGGUUCACCAUGAUCGAGACCAGCAAUGGAGUUGCAUGCCGAGACAUUAACGAGUGCUCGGGAGCAGCCUGCAGGGGGCAGUGUGUCAACGCGGAAGGAGGCUUUGUGUGCGAGUGCCGUGCCGGGAUGCAGCUCUCUCCUGACAGACACAGCUGUAUUGAUAUAGACGAGUGUUCCGGGAACCGGUCGCCAUGCCAACAACGCUGUCAGAAUACUGCGGGCAGCUACAAGUGUUCCUGCCGUGCGGGAUUCUAUCUCCACAGCAACGGACGCUCCUGCGUAGACCGAGAUGAAUGCCAGGCCCCCGGCCCCACCCUCUGUCAGCAGCGAUGUGUGAACACGCCAGGAAGUUACUCCUGCACCUGUCGCCAUGGAUACCGGCUGAGCUCUGACGGACGCACCUGUGCAGAUGUGAACGAGUGCGAGACCCCUGGCCUGGCGCUGUGCCAGCACUCCUGCAGAAACUCUCCGGGCAGCUUCCAUUGCCAGUGUCCCCCUGGGCACAGACUGCACCCCAACGGGAGAAACUGCACAGAUAUUAACGAAUGUCACCUGCAACCCACUCGCUGCCAGCACCUCUGCCAGAAUGUGAUGGGCUCGUACCACUGCACCUGUCCAGCGGGGUACCAGCUGCUGGCUGAUGGGAAACGGUGUGAAGACCGGAAUGAGUGUACAGACGGUUCACAUGGCUGUGGACACGGGUGUGACAACACGGCUGGGAGUUACCAGUGCACAUGUGAGCCAGGCUUCCGGCGCCGCGAGCAGGGGGUGUGCGAGGAUGAGAAUGAGUGUGCCCUUCCCGACACCAACCGCUGUGCUCACAACUGCAUCAACACUGUAGGCAGCUACCACUGCGGCUGUCGUCACGGCUACCGACUCCACAUCGACAGCAGAUCCUGUGUGGUUGACUUGUACAGCUGCCAGUCCUGUCAGAGACCCUGCUCUCCUGGGUUUGUGUUGCUUCCCAACGGGGUCGAAUGCACAGACGUUGACGAGUGCGGCUCAGGGGACGCUGGGUGCCAACAUGGAUGCCACAACCUGAUUGGCAGCUUCCUGUGUACCUGCCCAGAGGGGAGCCAGCUCCACCCCAACGGGAGAGAAUGCACAGCUCUCCCAGAUCCUGCCAUGGUCCCGGCUCCCAUAAUGAAAACCAUUCAGCAGUCUUCCAGGAAGAGUAAACUGUUUGCUCCUCCUGCCUUGGAGACCACACCACAGGCCCCUCCCAAUACCCAGGCUGUAGCUUCAGCUCUGCCCCCCUCAUCACCCUCCACUCCUAUUCAUGACUGUAUGCCUCCCCCAGCAGCUAGUUCCAUCUCUAUAGCAACCAGCCUUAUUCCCAAUAACACACCCCAAGUCCCACCUACACCAGAGACCACACCUCCAAUCAGUCUACCAAUUACAGAGUCCGCAGCUCUUGACACUCUUCCCAUAGCCCCUCCCACGACAGCACUGGAGGAGUCUGCAGUAACCCCACCCACUGCUUUCCCUGUACCAAUAGCAUGGCCCCAAACCCUGUUCCGCUCCUUAGUUCCACCCACAGAGCUGCCCUCCCCUCAGCCUGUCCACACCUCUCAUGCAGAGCCCCCUCGGUCUGCAGUGCCGCUGCUGACCCCAGCACUCUGCUCCCAUGGGGGAGCCCUGCACCCCGAGGGCAGUAGCUGGCUGGAGCCGCACUGCAGGAGCUGCACCUGCCUCCCAGAAGGGGCAGUGCUUUGCCACCAUGUGACCUGCUCAGCUUCCUGUUCCCACCCAACCUCAUCCCCGGAGCAGUGCUGCCCCUCCUGCACCAGCUGCCUGUAUAAAGGGCUGGUCCUGGACGAUGAACAGACCUUCUCCCCUGAGGAGGACGGCUGCACCUUGUGUCUGUGCCUGGCUGGAAAUGUAACAUGCCUCACCCCCGACUGCCCUCCGGUCACAUGUGAGCAGCCCGUCCAAUCAGAGUGCUGCCCUCUGUGCCCAGCUGAGUGUGUCUACCAGGGGAACGUGUUUCUGGAGGGUGCAGAGUUUUCUCGACCUGGAGAUGACUGCACCACCUGUGUCUGCAAGAAUGGUGAAGUGGAGUGUUCCUACACCCCCUGCCCAGUAUUGGACUGUCCCAGAGGUGAUUGGCGGUUGGAACCUGGAGAGUGCUGCUUCUCCUGUCGCCAGGCAACCGUGGAGAGAGGGUGCUCUGUGGAUGACAACGGAGUUGAGUUUCCUGUGGGACAGAUCUGGUCUCCCGGAGACCCCUGCGAGACCUGCAUGUGCGAGUCGGGGGGCAGGAUUGUUUGUCGAAGGACGGAGUGCCUGGAGAGUUGCCCCCACCCCAUCCUGAUCCCGGGACAGUGCUGCCCUGACUGCUCUGUAGGCUGCAGCUACAGUGGAGUGCUGUAUGAGAACAGUGAGUCCUUCCCAUCGCGCUCGGACCCCUGCCUCCGCUGCAUCUGCCUGUCCGGUUCCGUGGCCUGUUCCCCAGCGCCGUGCAAACCCAGCUGUACCUACCCAUUCCACCAGGAGGGGGCGUGCUGCCCAGUCUGUCAGGACUGUAACUACGAGGGUCGGAAGGUGCUGAACGGACUGUCAUUCACACUGGAGAGCAGCCCCUGUACCCAGUGCACCUGCCAGUUUGGAGAGGUGAGCUGUGAGGAGAUCCACUGCAAUACUAGCUGUGCACACCCCUACCCCAUACCGGGAGAGUGCUGCCCUACCUGUCAAGCGUGUCUGUAUGCAGGACAGGCCCUGGAGGAUGGAAGCUAUCGCACCUCGGAGUCAGACCCCUGCACCGUGUGCCUCUGUGCUGAAGGCAAUUUGGAGUGUGAAUGGAAGGGAGGCUCCUGCCCAGACCUGCCCUGCAGUGAGCCACUGCUGCACCAGCCAGGACUUUGCUGCCCUCUCUGCCCGGGAGGUCAAACUGCAGCACUUGAUCCAGAGAGCACUGCUCAUCUGCAAGAUUCAGAGACUCCUUCUACAACAACCUGCUCAUCACAGUCUUCCGAAGGAACCACUGCCUCUCCUGCAGCCACUGAGUCAGACCAGGAGGGAGCCAGUGUGCCAGUCAGGAGAGAGGCAGGCAGGGGUGAGGCGGGCAGGGGAGAGACAAUCACACCCACACCUGUCCGGCUUAGCCUCGCAGCACUGCUCAAGAUCAGAGGCACGGCCACAGCUCCCACUCCAACCAGUGCCACUCUGCUGGAGUCUCCAUCACCUACUGGGAACCUCAGAGCCCUGACCCCUUCCGAUCCUCCGGCCACUUCAGCACAAUGGGUUACCCCCGCAUUCAUGACCACAGACCCAGAAACUCCAGCACCUUCCUCCCAGGCAACUCCCACAGCACUGACACUGCCCACUCCCACACUCAGGACUGUAACCACUCCCACAGCUGUGACACUGACCACUCCCACUCUCAGGAUUGUAACCACUCCCACAUUCAGAACUGUAACCACGCCCACAGCUGUGACACUGCCCACUCCCACACUCAGGACUGUAACCACUCCCACAGCUGUGACACUGACCACUCCCACACUCAGGACUAUAACCACUCCCACAACUUGGACACUGGCCACGCCCAUAGAUCUGCGAAUAGCUGUAGAGAGAGAGGCAGAGUCCGGGGGAGGAGGCAGCAAGGCAGGGGAUGAAUUUGGAGACAGGACUGCUGAACAGAAGCCUUCAGGGUGCUGGUUUGAGGGCUUGGUGUUUGAAGAAGGCUCUGUGUUCUCUCCUGACUCAAGCUCCUGUCUGCUGUGCAGCUGUGAGGCUGGCAGGCUGUCCUGUCUGAGGGCUGUGUGCCCACUGCACCCCGACCUCACUGCUUUAGACGAGGGCCAGUGCUGCCCCACCUGCCCAGAAUGUCAGUUGACCUCUGACCCUAUUUGCAGAGCCAAUGGAAUGAGGUUCAGAAACGGGACGAUGUUUCGGAGAGAAGACUGCUCCGAGUGCACAUGCACAGCUGGAGAGCUGGUGUGUGAGCCGGGCCACUGCCCCCCUCUGUCCUGCAGCCCCUCCCUUGCAGUCACUCCAAAGGGUCAGUGCUGUCCACAGUGUCCAGGACCCCAGGGCUGUGUCCACAGGGGUCAGCGUCACCAGCAGGGAGCAGUGUGGUGCGAUGGCUGUGCUGUGUGUGAGUGUGAGGGGUCAGAGGUCCGCUGUCAACCCAACCCCUGCCCCCCCCUCCAGACCUGCCUGGAGGAACAAGACCUGAUUGAAGCUGAGAGAGUGUGCUGCCAGCAGCGUGGGACGCAGCACUACACUGGGCUGGAUGUCUGCUGCCCCAGUGCCUCUCCAGAGAGUUAGCCAGUACCACAGGGACGUGUCACCCAGCUGACCUCUUCACGACCCCAACGUGACCCCUGCUGGACAGGCCAUUCUGCAACUUCCUGCUGCCUGCACCACCCCCUUCUGCUAGCCCCGCCCACGGAGAGAAUAGCGACCCGACAAAACAAAGCCCUCCAUGAAGCCUCUGCUAUGCCCUCCACUCAGUAACGUUCAGUGAUGGGUCUCAGCCUGGCACUGCCAAGGGCUGCGCCUUCACAGUCUAUAAAGAUCCAGCCAGGCCUGGUUCUGUUUGUUGCCUGAUGGAGCUGAAAGGUUCUGCUGUGCUUUGGACCCGUCCACUCACCUGUUCCUCAGAGCUGUGCGCUCUGUUGAUCACAACCAGCCCCUCUGAGCUCUUUAUUUCUAGUUUUAUGGCAUUAAUAGUUUUAUUUUCUAUUUUUCCUUCAAGGAAUGAAAUGUGGUGCUAACUUUGCAAUUCAGUAAAUGUGACCUGCUUGGAGAAAUGAUCCAUGAGUUGCUAAUGCGUUUGUGAAUUCAAGGGCUGGAGGUCAUCUCCCCGAAUCUCGCCUGCAGUCACAUCAGCACUUUGCAUGAAGCGCAAACUCAAAAGCAGCAGUGGAAGCCUGCUUUUCACACGCAGACAAGGCAUUACCUCACCAAUCAGCACGCUUGCUGUUCUCCGAUUACCUCAUUGGAUUUACUCUGACAGGAGAUUGAAAAACAGAAGAAAAAUAUG